CGCGGGCGCAGGCGCGGGGCGGCGUGCGCGGCCGCCACCAACCGGCGGCAGAGCAGAGCGGAGAGUGGUGCGGCGCGAGCCCGACCCCGAGCGCGCGGGUGGGGGCGCGCGGCUUCUUUGCUGCCUGGGCCGCGUGGUCGCACCGGGCCGGGGCCAGCGGGUGAAAGUGUGAAGCUCCAGAUGUCAAUUUUUAAUUAUUUUAUCUAGAUUUGUUUUUGUUUGUUUUAACAAUAUGGAUUAAUGAGGAACUAUUUUAUUUUGUGGGGGAGAGGAAGAAAUGGAUUGACCUGGAAGAGACUGAGACCCUUGGGCCAUGGAUGAAAAAAGUCUGGUCAGCAUUGUUUUAAUCAUCAGUUGCCUUCCGGAGUUUUAAGAGUUCUCUGAAAUCUCUCCUUUCAAGUCUGCCCUCCUUCACCCCACUUAGGCACUUUCUAGAGACAGUUGCUACAGAAGGGAUUGGAAAUUCAAGUUUAUUCUUAAAAGCCAAAAGGAAACGAGACCUACUGGGUGUUUUGGGUGUCAAGCACGAGGGAACGAAUAGAAGGAGGACAAAAAAACACAAGCCAAUGGACCUUGGCCUCCAACCCCCCUUAUAAAGAAAAGGAUUUACAGCUCAACCUCACACCAGCUGUUGCCUGGCUUUAGCCGUCAGGAGAGGAAAUAAAUAAAAUUAAACAACCACCGCUAGACAGACAGUCCCAGAUCCUGGUGAAAUUGGAAAGAAUGUUUCUGCAACUGUCUUUGUAUUAAAGGGCAAGAGGAAACGAAGUGGUGUUAGGAAGACUGGCAGAAGCAGAACCUCCUCCCAGAGAGUGGUGACCAGAAGGGACCACUGGACUCCAGGAGCAGCUUAGAAAGGAAAAACAGAAGAGACUUCCUCUGCGUUUUGGUGCGGAUUUUUCUCAGAGGAAUCCAAGACAGGCUGGAUACCUUCACAAGGGCAUGAAAGACUCGCCCAGCUCAGCUUUCCUCCACGUGCCACAGAGUUCUGCAUGUUUCAGUUGCCACCUUCCCUAGCCUUUGUUUUACUCUUGCCUUCAGGGUGAAACCAGUCCUCACCACCAGCUGCUCAGCGAACUACUCCUUGCACUAUAGUGGCCUGGCUCAGGACAGAUGUGGGCAGCCAAGGACAUCCCUGUCUCAACAGUGUUUUAAAUUGGAGUUCAGCCCCCACCCUUUAAAAAAAAAAAAAAAAAAUCUCCUUCUCUAUCCCCCCAAACUCUCUUGCGGGGCACAGUGUAUUUUUUUUGGCUGUUGUCUUGGAUCUCUACCUUUUGGAGUUUCUGUGGCUCUUUCUGGAUGGUCUUGUGUCUUCUACUCCAUUGAGAAAUCUCUAAGUGUAUUUCAGGAAGUUGGGUAACUGCUUGCCCCCUCUUCCCCUAACUUUUUCCCCUCCCACCUUCCUUGUGAGCCCCCCAUCUCCCUUCCCUUCUGAAGAUCCCUUCCCCCCUUUUCAUAUCCAUUCUGAUUCCAGUUGGGCCUGGGCUAUGCUGCAGGGCAGAUUCUCCACCAGAGCUCCAACAUGCCAGCAGCAUCUGGAAAGAGGUUCAAACCCAGCAAAUACGUCCCAGUCUCUGCUGCUGCCAUCUUCCUAGUGGGAGCCACCAGCCUCUUCUUUGCCUUCACGUGCCCAGGGCUCAGUCUGUACAUCUCCCCAAUCAUCCCCAUCUACAAUGUCAUCGUCUUCCUCUUUGUGCUGGCCAACUUCAGCAUGGCCACCUUCAUGGACCCAGGCAUCUUCCCACGAGCUGAGGAAGAUGAGGACAAAGAGGAUGACUUCCGAGCCCCACUCUACAAGACGGUGGAGAUCAAGGGCAUCCAGGUGCGCAUGAAAUGGUGUGCGACGUGUCGCUUCUACCGGCCUCCACGCUGCUCUCACUGCAGUGUCUGUGACAACUGUGUAGAGGAGUUUGACCAUCACUGCCCCUGGGUGAACAACUGCAUUGGGCGGCGCAAUUAUCGCUAUUUCUUCCUCUUCCUGUUGUCACUCACCACACACAUCAUGGGUGUGUUUGGCUUUGGCCUUCUCUACGUCCUCUACCAGGUGGAAGAGCUCUCUGGAGUGCGUAUGGCUGUCACUAUGGCUGUGAUGUGUGUGGCCGGCUUGUUCUUCAUUCCUGUGGCUGGCCUUACAGGGUUCCACGUGGUGUUGGUGGCAAGGGGCCGCACAACCAAUGAACAGGUUACAGGUAAAUUCCGGGGAGGAGUGAACCCUUUCACUAAUGGUUGCUGUAAAAAUGUCAGUCGUGUCCUCUGCAGCUCACCGGCUCCCAGGUAUCUCGGGCGACCAAAGGCAGAGCCGACAGUGCUGGUGAAACCACCCUUCCUCAGGCCUGAGUUGUCAGAUGGACAGAUUGCUGUCAAGAUAAUGGACAAUGGUAUCCAGACUGAACUGAAGAGAACGAAGUCCAAAGGAAGCCUCGAGGUGACGGAGAGCCAGUCUGCAGAUGCUGAGCCGCCACCCCCACCCAAGCCAGACCUCGGCCGCUACACGGUCCUGAGGACGCACUUAACCCUGGCCACCAAUGAGGACAGCAGCUUGAUAGGCAAGGACAGCCCUCCAACUCCAACCAUGUACAAGUACCGACCUGGCUACAGCAGCAGCAGCACCUCAGCUGCCUUGCCCCAUUCCACCAGCGCCAAGCUGAGCCGAGGGGACAGCCUGAAAGAGUCCACAUCCAUCGCUGAGAGCAGCCGGAACCCUAGUUAUCGGUCGGAGCCAAGCCUCGAGCCGGAGAGCUUCCGUUCGCCCACCUUUGGCAAGAGCUUCCACUUCGACCCACUGUCGAGCGGCUCUCGCUCCUCCAGCCUCAAGUCAGCCCAGGGCACGGGUUUCGAGAUGGGCCACCUGCAGUCGAUCCGCUCUGAGGGCACCACUUCCACAUCCUACAAGAGCCUAGUGAAUCAGACGCGCAAUGGGAGCUUGUCCUAUGACAGCUUGCUCACCCCCUCUGACAGCCCUGACUUCGAGUCUGUGCAGGCUGGGCCAGAGCCAGACCCCCCUGUGGGCUACACAUCACCCUUCCUUUCAGCCCGCAUCACCCAGCAGCGUGAGGCUGACCUGCACAGCCGCUUCCCCAGCACCGGCUCACCCAAGCACCACCCCCCUCGUGAGCACUCUCCUAUCCGCUAUGACAAUCUCUCACGCCACAUUGUGGCCUCCAUACAGGAGCGGGAGAAGCUUCUGCAGCAGACACCCAGCCCACCACCUCUGGCUCGGGAGGAAGACACAGGGCAGGUGGACUCAGGCAUCCAGUCCACACCAGGCUCUAGCAAUGCCCCACGUACCAGUUCCUCUUCGGACGAUUCGAAGCGUUCGCCUCUAGCAAAGAACCCACUCACUCGCCCGGUGCCACCCCGUUUUGGCAAGCCCGAGCCUCUGCAUGCACUCAGGGUGCGCUCACUAGGCUCACCAGACCAGCCUGCUGCCCUCCACCUGGGCAAAUCUGUGUCUUACAGCAGCCAAAAAGCAUCGUCUCAGGCCAGCGUCCCAGAGACGGAGGAGGUGGCCUUGCAGCCAUUACUGGCACCAAAAGAUGAGGUGCAGAUGCGAACAGCUUACAGCAAGUCCAACGGGCAGCCCAAGAGCCUGGGCCCAGCCUCCCCCACCCCUGGCCAACCGCCUCUGAGCAGCCCCACACGUGGAGGAGUCAAGAAGGUGUCUGGAGUGGGCGGGACCACCUAUGAGAUUUCUGUAUGAAGGGCAGUGCACUCUUCCCACUGUCACCUCCUCCCUGGCUGAUGCCCAAAGGCCCAGGCACAGCAGCCAGGCGCCCCUGUGCUCUCAAUGCAUGGACGCUUUUUAGAAUCCGACUGGGAGAGAAAGCCGCGAGGACAGUGACCGUUUUUAACUACAAUCCCUGGGAUCUGGGGCGAGGCCCUGGGCACCCCCUCAACAUCACAGUAGUGCCGGGCCCAGCUUGGCUACUCGCCACAGCUGGCCACCUUCUCUGAACCAACCAAGAAACUGCAAACAUAGCACACACUGCCGAGAGAAGGGGACACCACACCAGCAGCGCCUCCAGCUGGGAGAAAGGCAGGGCAGGCAGCCUGCAGCCCUGCCCCUAACGGGCCUGACACUCGCAGACCUAGUGCAAUUGCUCGCCUCGUGUGGUAGGGCAGAUCGUUUUUAAACCAGAAUAAUUUUUUUUAUGAUUAUUGUUACGGAUUCUAUUUUUUUUCUCUUCUAAGUUACCAGUUGUGUGUAUAUAUAAAUAACUAUAUAUAAAAAUAUAAAUAUAAAAGAAAUUAUAUAUCUACCCAGAGAGAAGGGGGAAUGGCCCCACAUGCCCCCUUCUUGACAAGUGAUCCCAGGACAGAGAAAGAGGGAGGGAGCAUGGCCUGACACGUGUGAGUUACAAGCUUCCAGUAGGACAGGUGCUUGCAUUAAUCAGCCCAAGCGGAUCAAGGCAUCUAUGGUAUCUCUGGAUAGGGAGGGGAUGAUGGCACAUGUGGCUCUUCUAUGGGAAGAGCGGGGGAUAUUUUAUAGUUGGGGACAGACUCCAGGUCUUGGCUUGCAGUUGCCCAGGCCUAACCAUUGUUCACAGUUGUCUGGGGCCUGCCCUUCCUCUACCAGCUACAAGGAGGGUCAAAAGUCCAGCUUGUUCUGCAUGCUCUGCCCCUCCCCUUCCUGUUCCUCAGCCCAGGAUUGCUUCCAGAAGUUUUUUGUCUGGAGGGAGCAAAGGAAAUGGGAAAGAGCUGGAAGGCACCUCUGUCAUCCACAUUUGCUUGGGGUUCAGGAGUUGCAACCUCUUCUGGUUUUGUGUGUGUGUGUGUGUGUGUGUGUGUGUGUGUGUGUGUGUGUGUGCACGCGCAUGUGUGGGGAGGGUGGGGAGGGGAUGACUCCAUGUCUCCCUCAAGAGGGACUCAGUUGAGGGCAGGGGCAGUUUUAAUUGCGUUCAGUUUCCCAUUUUUAUAGCCUCCAGUAUUCAGACUUCUUGUUCAGAUGGGACACAACCUGUCUCAACACUGGCAUCCAGCAAAGGGAAGAGAGGGGUGUGCUAGCUUUUACUACCUCCCUCUGCGCCCCUUCAAACCAAACAGGUGAACUUGCACAGUGCUUAGGGAUUUAUCACUUGGACUCAGACAGGCAGUGGGGGGGGGGGUCAGGGUAGAUUUAUUGCUGGGGUCCCCUGUAUAGAACCUGAACCUGUAUCUAACCCAUCCACCCCUGAUGUUUUUAGCUGCUCUUCUCUCUUUUUAAUUUAAUUUUAAUUUUAUUUUAUUUUGAUGGUUCCGUUAUGGUUUCUCACUAUGUCACAAUUGCUUUUAUUUCCAAACUGGGGAAGAGAGAGAAUGGGGGAGGGAAAAUAUCUGUAAAGCAAUAUUUUUUUCAUGUCAUAUGCCAAAAAUUGUAGAGGUUCACCAAACCCCGCUCCUUCUCCCCCCAUAAAAGUCUCACACAAACCAGACAAAAAUGCAGUGACAUUUCCAGGCACUACUUGACUCUUUCUUUAUGGCAAUAUCUCAUGUGGCCUCCCACAGAGCCACACUUUUGUUUUUUAUCAUGAUUAGCUAGUUUAAAACAAGGAAUAAAAGAGUAUCUAAUGAGCCACCCCUUCAGGCUUCUGCGCUUGUUUCUUUGUCCCCAGAUGGAGGGAAUAGAGGGAGGAGGGGGUGUCUACAUCAGCUUCUGUGUUUCCUAUGACACCAUCCAAAAAAACUGCAACAACUUGUCCUAAGUCCUCAAGUGCCAGAAGGUUAAAAUAAUUGAAGACGGGGCUCCUCUGCCAAGAGCAGUCUGACCAAGAACAGAUCCUUGCAGUUCAUUUUAAGCUAUGCCAGCAUGGGGGUGAAAGCCAGCUUGCUGAAAUGGCCUGGUGGAUAGCAUCUUCCUCUAUAGUCAGGUCCUUCUACCUGAUGGCAGGUGAGCAAUGAGAAGGCAAAGUGACUUUGGGAGCUACCAGCUAGGUAACCUUCUCAAGUAAAGGGAACCCUGUGAGGGCAGCUAGAGCUGGGAUGCUUGGCAAGUAGCUGUGCCUGAGCUCCUCAUGGAGUUGAAGGCCUGGGUUUAAUGGUAAUGAUUUAGCCUCCCACUUCCCAGCUCCACAUUUUCUUGUUUCAUCACAGGAAUGAAGCAAAGCUUUACCCUUCCCCUCCUGGAGGCCACUUAGUCUAAUCACAGCUAGAUCUUUAAACGUGCCUGGCAUAUCCAGUGAGUUCUCCUGCGACCAAAUGCAUGUGCCUUGGGUUUGGUCCCUGGUAGCAAGUCCCUGGGAAGUAGCACAAAAUUCCUGUGCGGAGAGCCAGGCACAUGACUGUGUGCAUGCUGGGAGGACUUAGAUGCCAUCCAGAAGCUUCUGUUUUGGAGGCCAAGAUCAAAGGCUGCCUGUCUCCAGGACCCAGUCCCAACCCUCUGGGCCCUUCAGCAUUCCAGAAGGCUAUAGAUCAAUGUCCUUGAAACUCUUCCUCCUAUCAAGCUUGUCAGUUCAGCUUGACUAGCUGCAGAGCCACUUCUUCCUGCCAAUGAAACUCCUGAGCCUUAGCCUCUGUCCUAGAGGGCAUAUCAACCUGGCUCUUGCUGAUAGAUUUAAAAAAAAAAAAAAGCCUUAGCAUUCCUAGUCUUCUGUGGCCUCCAACUCUUGGGAGUUCAAACCAGUCACAGGUGCUGAUCUGUUAGCAGAAGGUGUUAUGAGGCUUGUGUUAACCUGGUCCUGGCCAGGUCUCUGAUUCCUGCCAGAAAGGCAGUACCACAAAUGCAAGUUGGGCUCUUCCUGGGAUUGCCAUGGUACCAUGAGCAUUCAGAAACCAAAUGCCUCUUCUUUUUUUUUUUAAAGCCAGUUGAAAGCUGUGAUAGUAAGAGACACAAACAUGCAACCAUGAUAUUUUUAUCAGCCAAAGUGACUAGUUGUUUUGGGGGUGCAACCAAAAAGGGCCAUUUCAGAAAGGCUGAGCAUUAGCCCUACAAAAAUCAGGCCCCUUUAAACAUGUCUCAGGGUGGACUCCCAAAACGAUUAUACCAACAUUCUCCAAAGUUACAAGUAUUAAAAAGGGAAUAUUUAAUUUCAACACUAUAAUAGUUUCACUUCUAAACUUUGACUGGCUGUUUUGUUUAAUAUACAUGUAUUGCCUUUAAUUUUGGUAUCUCAGUGUAUUUUCUUCCAAGGGAUAAUGUUAUGGUAAAUUGGGGAAAUACCAAUAUGUGUAUCCAUUGGCAAUAAAAUAUUUUGGUAAAGUAGA